AGAGUACUAUGGAUCAUAUAAUACUAAUUGUAAUAAAUCACAAUUAGUUAAAAAAACAUUUAUGUCAAAAGUCAAAACCUAUGCUAAUAUGAAACGGAGGAAAAUACAUUUGGUAAAAAAACAAAAAAACUGUUCACCUUCUCCAAUUUUCUCCUGUUCCAUCAGAUAGAAGAAAGAACAAACCCACGUCCCACCAUUAAUUUUGCUGAAAAACGCAACAUCUACCUCCUGCAUCUUCAAUAUUUCAUAGUUCAUACUUUUAAUUUCUAUCCUUCAUCAAUUUGUCAAUUUUUAGGGUUAAUUUGACUUUUUAUUCCCAAAAAUUAGGGUUCGUGAUUAUUCUAUAGUUUGGGAAUUCCUCAAUUAUUUUGAAUUCAUCAACUGAGUGUGCACGGUGCACCCGUGACUCUCGAAUUAUUGCUGGUUUUAUUGUAAUUUCAUUAAGCAGGAGAGAAAAUGGAUGACGAUGGAAGUAGUUUGGCAGCUCCAACGAUCUUUAUCCUCGUUGCCUUGCUUCAGUUUAUUCCUAGAUACUUAGAGCACCAAAUUAAGAGUGGAGGAGCUCCGAGUGAUGAGGAAAAGGAGCUGCGUGCCGAAAUAAAGCAGCUUUUGAAAGAAGCUAGCACGUUGUCACAACCAUCGACAUUUGCACAAGCAGCAAAACUUAGGAGAACAGCAGCAGCUAAGGAAAAGGAGCUUACAAAAUGUCAAGAACAACAAAUUCUAGAUAGGAAAUCAUUAUACAAUCCAUAUAUGAAGUAUGUGACUCCUGUAAAGGCAUUAACCUAUCUUUUGCUGGGAGUUUGGUUUUGGAAAUAUCCUGUUGCAUCAAUAUCUAAGGAGCUUGUACAACCAUUUGGAAGGAUGCUAUCUUGGAAAUCUGGUGGUGGUUCAGAGGACAAAGUGAUGGUUGGUAUUGUACCUUGGCUAAUAUUAUGCUCCAGGGUUAGUAAGCUCAUCUGUCGGAAGAUCAUGUAAGAUCUUUCUGGUGUUUUGUGGUCAGCAGCUAGCUGUUUAAUUCAGAUUUCUGAAGCCUGAGUGAGCAUUUUGAAAUAUAUGGGUUCAUGUUGCUGUUUUGUUGCACUGGCACAAAGUUAUUAAGCAAGUGUAAAUCAAUAGAAAAGGAUCAACUUAUAUAGCACGCUGGAAGGCUUUGAAACUUGAUCUUGAUUGGUCUUCAUGCAGAUAUCUCAGACGAAUUAUGACUGAUCUUGUUAUGUUCUUUUUUCUUUUUCCUUUUUGGAAUCUUUGAUAAAUACAUCUCUUGCUGGUUCCUAAUACGAAGUAAAUCUUUAUUAUGUGCUUUGUAUUGGGUUCAAAGAACAAGUAUCAUUUCAUUUUCACAUAUUUCACUGAUUUAAGUCCUAA